GUGAAGGGCACCACCACCCUCCUUUCUACUCCUCCUCUUUCUCUCUACGCGCGCGCGUGUGUGUGUGUUUGUGCAAGUGAGUGUGUGAGCAGGAAGACGAAGCAGCAAGCAGGAGGAGACACCAAGGACGUCCUUUUUUUUCCAGCCCCGGGAGCCAGAUAGACAAGGGACGAGCAGUUAGAUUAGCUUGUGCUGCUGCAGGAUAACUUGGAUCCGGAGAGUGUUGAAGCCGAAGCUCUGUCUGCUCUCUGAUCCCUUGUUUGGUGUGUGAGUGUGUGAGGAGGAUUUCAUCCAGUCGCCGGACGGAGAUCUGGCUACAAAGGACUCCUACUUUUCCGUCACAAUUGAAUGUAACAUUGCUCGGACAAGGAAGGCAGGGAAUUAAAAGCCAUCAUCAUGAAUUUCGUUAUGAAACAAGCGUUGGGAGGGGCCACCAAAGACAUGGGCAAGAUGCUCGGUAAGGAAGAGGAGAAGGAUCCCGAUGCUGCUAAAAAAGAGGAAGAAAGGCAAGAGGCACUGAGGCAACAGGAGGAGGAGAGGAAGGCCAAAUAUGCAAAAAUGGAGGCAGAGAGAGAAAACCUUCGACAGGGCAUUAGAGAUAAGUAUGGCAUCAAGAAGAAGGAGGAGAAGGAAGCAGAGGCCGCGGCUGCUAUGGAGCAGGCCUCCGAGGGCAGCCUCACCCGUCCCAAGAAGGCGGUUCCCACCGGCUGCGGCGACGAGGAGGAAGAGGAGAGCAUCGUGGACACGGUCAUGAAAUUCAUCCCGACCCCGCUCAUGGAUAUGUUCAAUAAAAAGUAACAGUGUUGGGUGAAAUGUGAUUAACUUUGUUAAUCUACUUUCAUAACGUGCGUAAUGUUCAUCGAACCAAGACUACUGCCGUAUAACAGCCUGCCCCGCCUAAACCUGCAAUCACACUUUUCUCCACCCUCCAGCCCCUUUAACCCAACUUCUAAGUUUCCUGUAACGGCGCCACCUGGCAUGACUUUGUCCUUGAUUUAAAAUAGCAGAUCCUGAUGGUGAUAUAUACUUAUAAUACUAUAAGAGUAUGCAACACCAACACAGAUCUAAUGUCUUUACUUCAAGGCAAGUCUUAUGCCACGUUUUUUUUAUGUCAGGCACUUAGAAUGAAAUCCGAUAUCCCCCAUCAUUCACCCUUUUUGUUUGUAAAUAGCCUCUGGUUAUGAAAAAAGAGAGAAUUAUAUAUGAGUGAAAUAUGACACAAAACAAGAUGACUAAGAGUAUAAGCCAUAUUUUUAACUUUUAGGAAAUUAUCCAAAUCCUAUCAAAAUUUGAUUGAAUUUUCCUGUUCUGUUCUUGCUAAUAUUUGAUACAUGCAGUGUAUAUAAAUACCUAUACUUAUUAGUUUUCCGUUGUGAGGAGUCACCCUGUAGACUGUCCCCUUUAUGUUCUCUUUGGUUUAUUGUGAGCGCUGGUAGAGACAAAACAUUACCUGUAAAACCAGAAAGUGAUGGAAUUCAUUUAAAAUAAGACAUUUUUGUUUUGUUCACUUUUUUUUUUAUAAGCAUGCAGUUAACUUUUGUGAAGUGAAGUACAUAUUUGGAUACCAUUGCAUUUGUUAUGAUGAAGCAAAAUACAUGUAAUAUUUGAGGCAAUAACUGGUUUUCCAUUUUUAUUUAACUGACAUCUCGUCUACCAGUUGGAGAUCAUUGACUUUGUGUGUGAAAUGUUCUUCCACGGGGAAAACUAUGAAUGUUUCCCAUACGUGACGUUUGUCUCAAAGCUAUUCAAUGGCAUUCUUACUAUAAAUUCCCUUUCUGUACAUGUUUAUGUUUGAAAACUCAGUUUUUCUAAGUUCUGUGGCAGGUGUCGCUCGCUCUGCUUUUGCAGAAGCAUGUGUAAAUCUUAGACCAGGCUAGUUAUUUUGGAUUUUUGUUGACAUUUCCAUCAACUCUUUUUGUAAGAAGAAAAAAAAAUAAUGAAACUUCACAAACACAACCAUGUUGUGAUCACGCUAUAUGUGAACAGACAGUGACAAUAGUGCAAUAUAUUGUUCGAGAUGAAGUUGUCCUGUGUCUGUUGGUUGAAACUAAAUCAGCAAUAACAGACAAUCUUCAGUGUUGUGUGUCUAAACGUUCUCCUUACAGUAAUGUGUUAGUCGACAUUAAAGGCACAAAUGUGUCUGCAUAGUGACAGUAAAGCCUUUGUAUACUGUGGGUCAGACAUUAUUGAUUAUAGAAGAGAACGGGUGGGGGGAGGGGAUUUGUUUUGUGUUGUCAGAAAUGUUCAGUUGUGUGUUACAGAAUUUGAGCAAAAGCAGGAUUUGUGUUUGAAAACAGUUCAAUUCGCCGUUUGGCUGGUGAUUUCAAAGGCAGACAUUGACAAUACAUGCUAAUGAGAAAUUAGAUGAAAAACAUGAAAGCACCAUCACCGUACAAGAGAAAAAGUUUACCUGCUCAGUAGAGUGCAAUCUGCCCUGCUUGUAAAUGUAAUGGGGCAAAUUUAAAGGGGGGUUAUAUUAGGAUGAAAUCUAAGAUUUCUCCAUAUGUCUUGUUUCAUGUCCUUCAUUCCACAGUGUCUUGUUAGAACAUUCCAGAUAUUUCAGACAUUCCACCAGACUUGUGCUGGUAACUCAUAAACGUGGAUAUUUACAGUCGGCCUCGGUCGAUGCCUUUGUUAUCCUACAAGUAUCAUGAUGAAACUUACAUUUGAUGUUGCUAUAGCCUGAAAGUCGCUACAAUGAAAUACACAUAUGAGGAUUCACGACUUGACCAACUAAAUGCAGAGUUAUUUAUAGCUGCCGUGUACAGAAAAGAAAAUCCCACACAAAGUUUAAGGGAAAGCCUAAUUGUGCUAUUAGCAGAGAUCAGUUCAAAGUUGUGAAACAAUUUGUCAGAAAAUGUUUUUGUGAUUCACAUGAGCACAUUAGCUGUAGAAGUCAUCAAGGUUUUCUUCAUUGCCACAUUGCCUGUUUUUAUUGAGCUAUAGUUUAGCAUGAAAUACCAUUAACUCAGAACGUGUGCAUUCUUGUGGCAUAGACGAGGUAAAUCCAUCGCUUUGUGAGCUCUGUAAUCAUGUAAUCAAAAUAUUAAAAAAACAGCAGAGGGCACAUUGAGGUCACCCGUAGAGCACAUUUAUUAAAACUUGUUGUGAUUUUCUGGAGUUAUGGAACCAAACAUCAACAACACAUGAAUCCAUAAUAAGAGUAGUUAUCCAAUCAAACCAAAGAAUAGUGCUGGUAGUUGUAGGCUCAGUCAAGAGGUUUUAUUGUAUUUAUUUACUGCAUCUUAUUUAUUCUGAAAUUCUCAGGUAUUUUAGCUUUGAGUUUGAAUAGAAGUUUAAACCAUAACUAGCCUUCUCUUUGCAUUAUUAGCCUUGGACUUAAAUUGAACCAUUUCAUUGCCAGUGGCAUAGAAAGCAUACUGAACACCAAGUUUUAAUUAUAAAAGACUCUUCUUUGGCCCAAGAAUAUUCCAGAAAGCUAUGAUUACUGCCCAGUCAACCCAAGUAGACGACUUUCCCAGCGACGAAAACUUCAUCACCAAACAUCAUCAGCGUGAGCAGUUCAUCAGGCUACCAGUGAAUCUUUUCUAAACUGGUGUGCUCUGAAAUCCCUUCACCCUUUGCAUCUAAUCCACUCUCAUCCAUGUCAUACACCCAUUCAUCAUUAUCUUCUAAAUGUCAAUUGAUUGAGCUCUAAAUGGCCUAUAGACUACUGCCCAAACCAACUGCCCAAGUCAUGCGUCAUCAAUAUGUAUUCGCCAUGUCAGAAAUCCACUUCAGUUUGAAGUCAUUCAUUUGUGCCGCUCAUACAGCCAUUAAUGAUUUAAAAAACUGCCUGAAAAAUAUGACACUUAAAAAAUUACUCCUUUGAUGUGACUUGAAUGUAACUGUCUGAUGUUUCUCUCUCUUUGCAUCUGUCUUUCUCUGUUCUGUACGUGUUGAGAAGAUGCUUACUGUCGUGCAGUAUUUUUCCUUUCGCGUCUGUAGCCAGUCCUGUUUAUGUCCUCUGGUGGUUGGUAUUUUUGAAAUUUGCAUUCUUUUGUACUGCGAAAUCUUCUCACCCUUCUCCCUCCUCUCUCUAUCUCCCUAUUUGUUGACAAAAUGUAUGCAUGCUUAUGGUGUGCGACGUAGGCAAGGUUGUUGAUAAUCGUUUUGUGUCUUCUAUGUGUUUCAGAGCUCCACCUGUUAGCCUCACUGCAUGCCAUUAUAGACAGAUAUUUCAGUCUGUAACUUUCCUGCAAAAAUGGAAUCACCGCACACUCUGAGAAUAAAGUGAUUUCAUAUAA